UUUCCCCAACCUAUUAUGACUCUGUCAGUUGUCAAAAUUGUGGCAUCACGAGUCGAGUUGACCAUAGACCUAUAUAGUUACUUCAGUGAGCUUGACUAGCCACGACGUUGCUAUUUACAUAAACCUAAUUGAAGUUUAACUUUAUAUACCAUUACAUUUAGAAACACAUUAAAAUGUCUCAAGUCACCGUUUCCAGUUCACACCGAGACGCAGAGAUCAACGAGGUACAGACAGGAAAUGCAACUUUAGAAGAAUCGAGUUCAAGCGCGGCGCCCCCGGAGGACACAGCCUCGUACCUGCAGGUGGUGGUGGAGAAGCGGCGUCGGCAGCGCGCGACGGCGUCGGUGGGCACGCAGACGCCGCGCCGCCCGGCCGCCUCCAGCCCGCGCCGCGCCUGCCACGGAGGGGAGCGGAACUCCCCUCGGACGGUACGGCCCUGCACUUGCGGCGAGGGCGCGGCGGGCGACGCCUCUCCGCAGCCGCCGCGGCGCUACGACACAGAGAAAAAAAGCAAGGGCUCUAUACUGGAAGAAAUUGAGGAUGAUAUAGAUAAUAAUGUCAUAGAUGACGGUAAGUCAAAGUCCGGCGCGCGUGUGUGUGUACCGCGUGUGCGGAGGCGAGUGCGCGGCGGCGCGGGAGGGCGCGCGGGUGUCGGCAGUGGAGCGGGCGGCGCGGCGGGCGCGGCGAUCACUGGAGCCGGCGCUGGCGGAGCUGCUGGCGGCACCGCGCGUGCUGCUCGCGCUGCCCGUCGGCAUCCUGUUGCGACUUCACCGGUCACCGUUCACUUCCAGCCACUAAUGCACGUUAGAGGCAUGGUGGUCUCUGGUGGGAGGGUGCGUGCGCGAGGUGGCGGAGGGCGCGGUGCGGCCGGCGCUGGCGGAGUGCGCGGGCGGGUGUGCGGUGCCCGCGCUGCGCGCCGCACGGGUGCUGCUGCGGGAGGCGCGCGCCACGCUGCGUCCGCUCGCACUGGCGCUGCGAGACGCGGCCGAGGCACCCGCGAGACUGUUCCAGGCCCUGAGGCUCGUGCACGUCGCGCCCUGUGCGUGUUCUUCACACUCACACUCGCACUCGCACACUUUAGUUUAGUUUUUAAUAAAUAGAUAUUCUAACAUUGUUUUAUAAGAAGAGUGAAAUUUUAGUUUCGUAUUGAAUAAAAAUGCCCCGUUGUCACGAAAACAA